GGCGCUGGCAUCUGUUGUUGUAGUAUUUUUUUCUUUUAAAGAUUUGUCAUCCAUUAGCAAAUGCAAGUUUUUUAGUAUUAAAAGUAGGAAAUUUGCGUAAAUUUUGUCAAUACUUAUAUGGAAAAAGUUUAAAAACAUAUAAAUUAUUAUCUAAUCUAAUUGUUGUACACAAAAAAACCUAAAGAAACCCCCAAAAAAACAUUCUGUAAAGGAAAUUGCACUUAACACACUGCCAAGGCUGCUCUCCGCUGGGUAUAAAACAACACAGCAAUCGAAACGAAUCAACCGACCACAAAAAAUCUAAAAAAAAACACAGCUUUCACAAAACAAAAACCGUGAAGAAGUAUGGAUCAAACACAAAUCAGUGAUACGGAAAAAGUGCGCAUUGUAUCCGAUUUUAUAUUACAUGCACCACCGGGUGAAUUCAAUGAAGUUUUCAAUGAUGUUCGUGAGUUAUUGAAGAAUGAUGCACUGUUAAAAGAAGGUGCCAGCCACGCCUUUGCCCAAUAUAAUAAAGAUCAAUUGACACCGGUACGCAUAGAGGGUAGUGAACACAAUGCUGUGAUCUCGGAAUUCAAUGAUUUGGGUGGCGGCCGUUUUUACGAUCCUCGCACUAAACAAUCAUUUAAGUAUGAUCACCUCCGUAAAGAGGCUAGUGAUUAUCAGGAUGCCGAUACUGAUGCAUCCGCCGAACCUUGGAGAGCUGCCUUAGAUAUUGAAACAUUAGCCUAUACCGCCAGUCAUUAUAGGCAUGGUGUUUGUUCCGUUUUUGGUAAAACUCAAAGUGGUCAAAUAACAUUAACGAUUUGUAUUGAAGACCAUCAAUUUCAACCGAAAAACUACUGGAAUGGUAGAUGGCGUUCACAAUGGCAUGUUACAUUUCAAGUCGGUGCAGGCACUGCUGAACUGAAAGGCAAUCUGAAAGUGCAAGUUCAUUACUACGAAGAUGGCAAUGUACAAUUAGUUUCAUCAAAGGAAUGCCGUGAAUCGGUAGUGGUUACCAAUGAACAGCAAAUGGCUAAAGAGAUAAUACGCCUUAUAGAGGAGGCUGAAAAUGAAUAUCAAUUGGCUAUUUCGGAAAAUUAUCAAACGAUGUCCGAUACCACCUUCAAAGCCAUGAGACGUCAAUUGCCUAUAACAAGAACUAAAAUUGAUUGGACCAAAAUUGUUUCGUAUAGUAUUGGUAAAGAACUGAAAACACAAUAAGGACAACAAAUAGCGGAAGCUGAAUCGCAGCCGCAUUCUAUAUUAUUAACAACAACAACAACAGCAACAACAAUAACAACUGAAACAUUAACAUCCACAUUAAAUGAUACAAUAACAAAAACAUCAUUUAUAAAGAGGCCGACUAGUCUCCCUCUUGGAAAGUAAAAAAUUUAAAAUUAAACAGCAAACAAAAACACAAUACAAUAAACAGCAGGUUAAACCCUUAUUAGGAAAAACACUAUUGCUAAAAAAAAAAAAACAAAAACAAAUUAACUAAAUUAACAACGAUAUUAUCAUUGUUUUAUUGUUCCUCUCUUGUUACAACCACCAAUGAACCAAAAUAAUUCAAAGAACCACAAAACAACCACAAAAAUGAAAAAUCAUAUAAAUAUAAAAAGCAAAAAGGGAACUUUAUCAUUUUAUAUGAAUGAUGUUAUAUCGUUUUAAAAUUGUUCAAAUACAUAAAAAACAAAUACUGUCUGUCUGUCGCUUUCAGUAUAUUACA